UUCUCCCUCCCUCUGUCUGCGAAAGAAGUCUCUGCUGGCUAGGCUACAACAACAGCUCGACUAUUGAGAGAGAGAGAGAGAAAGAGAGAGAGAGAAAAAGAGAGAGAGAGCAGGCGUUAGCGUACGCAUCAAUUUGUAGUCCUCGACAACGCACAGAUUUUCCAACGCCGAAUUCAGAGAGAGAGAGAAGGGGAAAGAGAGAGAGAGAGAGGUGGAGAGAGAGAGACGCGUCAAAUUCAGCCUGCUUUAUUUAUUUUUUUUUUCUGACUGCAGCUACAAUGUGACUGUUUGUGUUGUUAUAGUUCAUAUUGUCCCCUCUCCAGCCGCUGCUCAUGUUGCACAGUGCGAAGAGAGAGACCGCGAGAGAAAGAGAGUGGAGGAGAGGGAGGGAGGCAGAGAGGGAGAGAGAGAAAGAGAGAGGGGGACACAUCGUUGCGUUUUAUAGGUAGUGAAUUUUAAGGACCAACGAAGAUUUAGGCCGCGAACCAAUUUUCAGAUUGGAUAACGUAUUCCCUACUGCGACAAAACCAAAAGAUCUGUGAAUUUUGGGGCAGGGGGAGGAGGAAGAGGGGAGAAAGGCAGACAAAAAUGGGCUCAUUAACACACGGAUCAUGAAAUCAAGGAAUAGCAGAGAUUCGGUAAGGGAUUUGAGAAUCAGACAGAAAAGUAUAGAAUUGCGAUCCUGUUUUUCGUUCCAUUAGCUGCGUCAGAUUCUUUUCUAAGAUCUUGUGAACAACAGGAGAUGAUGAUUGCUGACCCUGUAGGCGCCACUGCGUGAAUUCUGCAAGCUUUUACCUGUUUUUUUUUUGUUUGCCCACUGCUGUUGUGACUUCCUCUUUGCUUUGUCUUCAGACCGCUAGUGCAAUGAAACUAGGUCUCUUUAAUGUCCGGUCUGUCACAACCAAGUACUCCUUUCUAAAUGAUUUGAUUGUCCGCGAAAGCAUUGACUGCUUCUUCUUAACUGAGACGUGGCACCGACACAAUGACUUCCUGGUUCUGAAAUACUCCGCCCCCCCUGGUUAUUUGUAUCUGGACCAGCCCCGCCCCUCUAAGCGAGGGGGCGGAUUGGCCGUUAUCUACCGCUCAUCGCUAAAGCUCAGACCCUUCCCCGUCCCUGCGGCGACGUCGUACGAAUGCUUGGCGGUAAAGGCCUCGACCUCUGCACCAGCCAUCUCGUUUGUGCUGCUCUAUCGGCCCCCGAAGUACAACACUGCCUUUUUGCCGGAGCUCGCCGAGCUGCUCUCCGUCUUGCGCUCGCAUUUCGACAAGAUCUUGCUCGUAGGCGACUUUAACAUUCACGUCGACUGCGAGACGGCGUUUUCCGCCGACUUCCUGUCGUUGUUGGACAGCUGCGGGUUCCUCCAGCACGUUAACGUCCCCACGCACUGCCGCGGUCACACCCUGGACCUCGUGUUCUCGUUUGGACUGCCCGUCUCCCAUUUGGAUGUAGUCGACCUGACCAUUUCCGAUCACAAGGCGGUGUUUUUCGAGAGCGUCUGGCCGCAGCUGGGCCUUAAGUCUAAGCCCCCCAUGACCUUCCCCAGUAUAAACUCUGCGGAUUUCCCCCAGGUCCUUAGAUCGUCGCCUCUGAACGUCACUGAUUCAGCGCCCCUGGAGGAAAUGAUGUCAGUGCGCAGCGCUCGGCGAAGGGCUCUUCCCCAGGGCGUGCGGGUCAGUGAGGAGGGCAGGGGGGGCCGGGCUCUGGGCUCUCCUGCGGGGGGCGCUCUCUCCAGCCCCUCUCGGACAGACGGCCGCGCUGACAGAUCCCCGAGAGAUGCUGGAGAGGGAUUGGCCAGUGGACGUGUCAAUCGGAGAUCCAGAGGCCAUGAUUCGUCAGAGAGUGAGGGGGAGGGAAUGGGACCCCCAUCCAAGAGGCAGAAAGUGAAGGAUUCUGAUCCAGGCCUGGCAUUGGAUAGUUCCCGUGGAGAUGGCCCUGGUCCCUGUGCCAGCUCUGGACCUGCCCCCACGCUACGAGAGAGCGACAACGAGGAUGGCCAAUCGCAGGGCAGUGGGAGCUCAGUGGGUGGCAGCUUGGCCAGUAGCAGCCUGAGCAGUGGGCGGGACAUCGACCAAGACAACCGGAGCUCCUCCCCCAGCCUCUCUGCCUCCCCAUUGGCCAGCCUUGACUCUGAAUCUGAGACCCCAGAGUCUCCAAAAUCUCCCAGAUCCAGGAGGGGAGGAGGGGGUGACUCAAAUCCGGAUCACAGAGAAAGAGGAGGGGGUGAGGGAAAAGGGCUAGGCAGCGACUCGAGGGCAGAGAGGGAGAAAGGAGAGAAAGCAGAAAGAGCAAGCAAGGGAGGAAAUGUAGAAUCUGAAGGCGAAGAAGGACGAAGAACAACGGCCUCUGAUCAAGGGGCAGAACAAGGAGGGGGCGGAGGGGACAGAGAUGGAGAACGCGGCGAAGAUGCAGUCCGAGAAUCCCACAACGCCUCUGUCGCCUCCUCUCUCCGGGGGGCAUGCGACUUACUGAACGAAAGCGGGAGGCGGCCAUACCUUCCCCCAGACCCAAGUCACCACCUCCCGCACAGCAAGGGGGACUACAGCAACAGUGCUGCCAGCGGCAAUGCAAACACUGAAGCAACCAGAGGAAAUACCAGCAGGAAAGGUGGAGCUCACUGUGUCCCCGGUGGCAGUGGGGGUGACUAUGGCCUCCAGAACCCCUCCACUGUAUCCCCGCACCAAGGACCCCCCCUGCCGCCACCCCCAGCCCUCAAACCUUUGGACACUCAGACAGAGAGGCCGGACAAGCUGGAUAAGAUAGACAAGAUGGACAAAGUGGACAAGCCUAGCCCUCCAUCUCUUUUGUCCCCUUCUUCUGCCCCUACUCACCCUCACUACAGCCCCCCUGGGCAGACAGGGUGGCAGGCCGGAGGUGGAGGGGUGUCCAACUGCCCCGGAGGCUGGGGCUAUUCUAGGUACCCCCAACAGCAUCAUCAGCAAACCAGCCAGCAGCAGAUGCCCUCAGUGUAUAGCAGCUCCCCCAGACACCCCACCCACCCCACAACAAUGUCCGCACCCCCUCCCUAUCACCACUUAACGCAUGGCCACCCACACCGAGAAUACCCCUCAAGGGAGCUCCUGCACAGCAGGGGCUUUUCAUCUUCCCGGGACAUCCCUGAGAGAGAGAGGGGAUCAGUGGGGUUAAGGGAAUUUGGAGGAGGUGGAGGCAGGGACUUUAGUAACAGUAGCAGUGGUAGCUGUAGUAGUGUUGGUGCCAGUAGUAGCAGUGGGAACAUGAACAGCACUAGUGGAAAUCAGAGUAGAGAGUUUUUGGUUCAGGAAAGAGGAGGAGGGGCUGGAGGGAAUUUGGCCAAUCAGAGUCGGGAAUACUCUGUGUUAGGGUCCCAGAGCUCUGUCCGGGAAAACCGGGAAAGUUUGGGAUCCAAUCGAGAGUUUGCUUCUGCAUUUUCCUCUAACCGGGAACCAGGCAGUCAUGGGCAAAGUCACGGCCUCUCUCCGAACACGAACCCAACUCGGGAAUUUCCACGAGAUGCAGGGGGCAUCCCAGAGAGGUGGGAUUUUGGGCCGUCGGGCCAAAUCCGGGAGGCUAUAUCCGGGGCUCCUGCUAAUCCCUCCAGUAGCUCCUCCUCCUCCUCCUCCUCAAGUGGAGCACACAGUGGACAAGGAACCUCCAUUCCUGUAACAACCCGAGAUCGAGAUCUACCCAGUCCCCAACACCCCACUCCAAAUCGGGACUCUAACACCCCCUCCCUGUCUCAGACGCAAACAGGAAACCCUCAUCCCCAGUCAGGACCUCAAAACAGAGAGUACCCUGGUUCGCUGGAGUUUACAUUCCCUCAACAGCAGCAGCAACAAAAUUGCACCCCGAUAUCUACCGCAUCCUCUGCAGCUGAUCCCCUGGGACCCCCAUACAUACCUCCUCACUCCUCUGCUUCAUCCUCCACCUCUUCACGAGAAUACCCCACCCCUGCUCCUGUACCAUCUCCGGGGGCAAAAGAUUACCUGCCCCCACCCCCUCUUAGUGCCCCAAAUAGGGAAUACCCUAGUCCUCCUGGUGCAAGUGCACCUAGAGAGUACACUGGGGUGUCCCAGAUACAACACCCUCCUCACUCCUGUCACCCCCCACCUCACCACCCCCUGCAUCCAGGAGUGGGUAGGGAAUACCCUGGCCCAACAGGAUCUGUUGCUCCCCAGGUCCGAGAGAGAGAUAGAGAGAGAGACAGGGAGACAGGGGCACCGACAACUAAUCCCCCACACUACCCUGGCCGCAGUCUCUCCCAGCCUCACUCCCAGACUCUCUCCCCUACCUCUUCUUCCUCUCAUCCCCGCCCUCCUUCUGCCCCUUAUCCCCCUGCCCUCUCUGCAUCCCCAUACUCUCAAGGCCUGCCCCCAGGUCUGGCCAAUCAGGCACGGGGAGGGCCAUAUCCAUCCUCCAUUCAGACACUGACCCCGCCCACUCCCCAGUCACCCCGCCCAAGCCCCUCCCCUUCCCUGGGUUCAGCCACAGCCUUCCCCCACCAGGGUCCGCCACCUACGUUUCCCUUCCCAACCUCCUCAUCGGCAUCUACUCCUCUUCCUGCCACAGCCACUCCAACUUCUUCUUCCCCUGCUGCCUCUGGUUACAGACCUUAUCAUCCUAACCUGAAUAACCACACCCCCUUUAUAAAUUCCUUCCACAAUAAUGGAAGCAAUACUAACACUUUGAUGAAUAAUAACAACAAUAAUAACUCCAGUGCUUGUCACUCACUGUCACCUCAGAACACUCCCUCCUGUAAACCCCUCCCCCCUCUUAGCAGUCCCACCAGUAGUCUCCCUGUCCCCGCCUCUAGCCCUGCCCUUCCUGGUGCAGGCCAAUCCAUCCCACCACCUGAUUCCUUCUCAGCUUCAUCGGUGCCCCCUGUCAUCAAGGAGGAGCCAAUCGAGGAAGGGGAGGAGACAGAAAGCCCGCCUCCAGUGCUGAGGAGCCCCUCCCCUGAGCCCAAACAAGUGGACAUUCCCAUUCAUGCCAGCCAAUCAGCUCGUUUCCACAGGGUCCUGGACAGAGGAAGUAACUCCUGCUCACGUACUGACCUCCACUUUGUCCCUCUGGAUGGGUCUAAGCUCUGGAAGAAGAGGAAUGAAGUGAUUGAGAGAGCGAGGAGGGAGGUGGAGCAACGAGCCCGCGACCUGAGAGAGAGGGAGCGGGAAAGAGAGAGGGAACGAGAGAGGGAAAGGGAACGAGAGAGGGAGAGGGACCUGGAUCGACAUUUACAGAAGGACAGCAGCAGCAGUCUUGGCAGCACUUCAGCAGUGGGGGUGGGGGCGGAUACCCCAGCUCUCCGAACACUGAGUGAAUAUGCCCGGCCGCAUGUCAUGUCACCCGUCAGUGGGGGAGGGGGCUGCAUGAACAGGGCUGCUGGACAUCACCCCAAUUUCCAUGGCCACCCCCACUCGCACCCCCAUCCUCCUCAUCCUCACCACCAUGCAUCCUUUUUCUUGCCCCAGUUUCAAAACCCCGCUCUGGGGCAUCACGGUUUGCCUCCAGAUGCGGCAACUGCAGCCGCAAUUUUGGGGUUCCUUUACGGGGGGCUGGAAGGGGCAGGUGUUGCUGGAGGAGCAGCUGUAGGGCCACCAGGGGGCCCGGGAGGCUUAGGAGGAGGAGGUGUAGGGGGUCUUGGGGGACUAGGAGGCCUCGGUUUCCCCCACUCCAUCAGAGAGAGGGCGAAACCAGGGUUCGAGUUUAAAACGGAAGAGAGAGUGUACCAGAGUGCCCUGCCAGACCCGUCUCACUCUCAUUCCCACUCGCACUCUCACUCGCAUUCUCACUCCCACGCCCACUCACUCCUGGGCCCAGCUGUUCUUUUGGGAGGAGGGGGAGGAGGACCAGAAUCAUCCCUCUAUGGGACCCCCCCUCCCCCUCCACCUGCCCCUCCCAACCCCACCCCCUCUAACCCCCCUCCUCCCUCUCUUCCUUCUCUCCCUCCCCCUUCUAGCCGCCUCUCUGGUCCUCCUCCCUCUCAUCCUCUCCCUCACCCACCUUCGUCUUCGCUCCUCCCUCCCUCUCUUCCCUCUGUCUCCCAGCCCCAAGCCCCCCCUCCACCUCCCGCCCCUCCUCCUUCCACCAACCCCUCUUCAGUGCCUCCCCCUCCCACUGCCUCCAACCCCACUCACUCGCUGCAGUCGUUCUCCCACUCCCACUCCCAGAGCCAAGCCACAGCAUCGGUCACCAUCGCUCCCCCCCCGCCUCCUCCUCCCCCUCUCCCUCCUGCGCCGGAUCCCGAAUCCCACCUUUCCCGAUCGCCUGGCGGAGUAGCGAGUGAGCGAGAGAGGGGAGGAGGGGGAGGAGGAGGAGGAGGAGCAGGAGGAGGGGUGAGCGAGCGAGGAGCUCCCGAACGGGGAACAGCAGGAGGGGGAGGAGGAGAGGGGCUGGGGCGACUCCAGAUGAUGAACGUCACCCCUCAUCAUCACCAGCACUCCCACAUCCACUCGCACCUGCACCUGCAUCAACAGGAGACAGCUCCUGGAGGGGUUCACCCCCUUAUUGACCCCCUGACCUCAGGGUCAUCUCUGGCUCGGCUGCCAUACCCCGGAGGAGCUCUGGGGGCACCCAUCCUUGCACACCCCCUUGCUGACACCGAGGUGCUCCGCCAGCAGCUGUUUGGCGCCCCGUUCAGAGAUCUGCCCCCACCCUCUCUGCCCCCACCCAUGUCGGCAGCUCAUCACCUGCAGGCCAUGCAGGCCCAGAGCGCCGAGAUACAGAGGCUGGCCCUGGAGCAGCAGUGGCUUCAUCACCACCACCACCACUCCCUGUCUGCUGCCCAGGAGGAGUACUACAGCCACCUGAAGAAAGAGAGUGACAAGACACUGUGAGCAACAGCGAGCGACAGAGCGCGGAAAAGACCCCGCCACUACCCGCGGCUGAUCGGAGGGCGGGGGGACAGCACGGAGAAAUCCUGCUCAUCGCCGGUCACCCGCCAGCGAGCGAGUCAAAGAAAGAGCGAUGCACAGUGACUGGACUCUGAUUUACACGAACACUGCGCUAGCAGAGAGAGGAAGACAGGGUUAAUACACUGCUCCACUGACUGACUUACAACAGCUGCACUGUGACAGGGAGGAGGAGGAGGGAUUGAUGCAGUACACAGUAUAUUAUCUAUAUGUCCUUGUGAUGUGUCUGGGUGGUGUGCAUACAGUAUAUGCAGUGAAUUAUGUACAGACCCUACUAAAGUGUUCAGGGUGUGUACGAGCCUAUACACCGUGCACUAUAAACCGAUAAAAAUUGCCAAAUGAUCUGCAAAUAUAGUACUGUUUGUAAGAGGUUCUGAUAAGGUGUACAGGCAGUGUGGAGAUACAACACAUUUCAUCAAGGUCCUGAUUAUGCAGAUUGAUUGGUGUACGAACUGUAGCUGAUGUGCAGGACAUCAUAGUGCCCAGGCAGUGUGUGUAUAUAGAGUAUAUUUGAUAUAAGUCCAAAUGAAAUGGCCAGACAGUGUGUAUAUACAGUAGUUUAGCUGCAGUGUUCCUAAUGAAGUGUUCAGGCACUGUGUAUAUACAGUAUUUUAGGUACAAGGCCCAGUUGUCAGACCAGAUGGAGUGUAAAUAUGGUACAUUAGGUACUAAAAUGACCAGACAGUGUGUACAUGUGUCAUUAAGUAGUGCUUUCAUUUCCUGUCUAGUGCAUGUAGCUCGAUACUAAAACCUUGUCGGUGGACCUACUUCUGUUUUUGUAGUAAGCCUCAAUGCGAUUGGUGCGAUUUUAAUGAGUAUGCAUGAGAAUUAUAAUUUUGUGUCAUUUUUUUAAUUUCCUUUGUUUUUUGGU